UAUUGAGUUUAAGUGAAAAGUGUAAAUCAGUUUGGACAAAUUGUGGUAUGUUAAUUAAUUGUCUAUAUAUAUAAUUUUGUAUAAAUUAAAAUAUACCUUAUUUUAGGUUCUUGAAGAACAAUGCUCAGCCUCUUCAACUCAAACCCACUCUCUCUGCUUCAAACUAAAUUCCCCUCCAAAAACCCUAACCCAACUCCAAAGCACAAAUUCUACAUCGUCAAAAUGGCCGCUGAUUUCGAUCGAGCCACAGAAUUGAAGCAAUUUGACGAAACCAAAGCCGGCGUCAAAGGCCUUCUCGACGCCGGCAUCAAUCAAAUCCCUCGCAUUUUCAUCCACCCACCCGAAACUCUCUCCGACCUCAAACCAACCUCUAAAUCACCAUCUUCCUCUACCCCCGUCGUCAUUCCCACGAUCGACCUGGCCGGCCUCCACUCCCCCGAUAACCGCUCCUCCAUCGUCGGUCACAUCCGAAACGCCGCCUCCACCUUCGGAUUCUUCCAAAUAAUCAACCAUGGAGUUCCCCAAAAAGUGCUCGACGAUAUUCUCGAUUCCAUUAGAGCUUUCCACGAACUGCCAGCAGAGGCCAAAUCGUCGUACUACCGGAGGGACGUUGAGACCGGAGUCUCGUACUUGUCCAACAUCGAUCUGUUUAAGGCAAAAGCGGCGAGUUGGAGAGAUACUCUUCAGAUAGGACUAGGACCGGUGGCUGCAGCGCCGGAGAAUAUUCCGGCCAUUUGCAGGGAGGCGAUGGCGGAGUGGGCGAAGGAGACAGAGAGGUUAGGAUAUUUAUUAGAGGAAGUGCUGUGUGAAGGAUUAGGGCUGAGAUCAGAACGGCUUAAGGAGGCGACGUACGGAGAAGGGCGGAUGAUGGUGGGGCAUUACUAUCCGUACUGCCCACAGCCGGAUCUGACGGUGGGGAUUAAAUCGCACACAGAUCCUGGAGUUUUGACGGUUCUGCUGCAGGAUCAUAUCGGCGGUUUGCAGAUCCGGCACGAUGGUGGGUGGGUGGACGUUAAGCCCGUCGCCGGCGCUCUUGUUAUCAAUAUCGGUGACUUGCUUCAGAGCUAUAGGGUUUUUGUCUCCUUGUAUUCUAGCCGUCAUAUCCCCGUUCGUCCACCUUUGUUGAUCAUUCGUCGACGGAAGCAAAGCCAUAUCAGUAAUCAAUACAAGGCCACUGUCCCUUCAUUCGUCGACGGAAGCAGAGUCAUACCAUCAGGAAUAAUUCAAGGCCACAUUCCCUCCAAUCCUCAUUGAUCAUUCCUCCAAGAAGUUCGCUCUGUCGCACAGAUCAAAAUCCUUGUCUCUGAUUCUACUCGUCAUCGCCACCACCACUCCUUUCGUUGCGACUGCCACCACUACCGCUCCUUCCAUUCACACAGUUUGUCGCACCCUCGUGCCCACAUUCGUGUCUCCAUUCGUCCUCGUUUAGAUUUGCCUAUUCGCACAUUGCAAACUACCAAUUUGUUUACACAUCUCCGUUUGUGUCUCUGAUUUCCAUAUUCGUGUCUCAAUUCAUCUUUCGCCCAAAUCUACUAAUCUCGUCUGUCG